AAUAAAUAAUAAUAAAUAAUAAUUAAAAGUAAUGAUACAACAUUGAAGAUCGAAACGAUAUCUAUUUAAAACCUCGAUAAAAAAGAAGCACGAAUUUGAGCGAAUGGCCACACGCCGGCUUAAAAUAAUUUUUAGAGAUAGAUACAGCUUACAGUCAGAAAUUAGCAAAGCUAAAAAUGCAAAAGGAGAACAAUAUGAUGGCAGAGAACUGUCAAUUUGUCGGUCCUUAUCGUUUGGAGAAAACACUGGGCAAAGGUCAAACAGGUCUUGUAAAAUUGGGCGUACAUUGUGUGAUUGGGAAAAAAGUAGCAAUCAAAAUAAUAAAUCGUGAAAAACUGAGCGAAUCAGUUCUUAUGAAGGUUGAACGAGAAAUUGCCAUCAUGAAAUUAAUCGAUCAUCCGCACGUUCUGGGCUUGAGCGAUGUUUAUGAGAAUAAGAAAUAUUUAUACCUGAUACUGGAGCACGUUUCUGGCGGCGAGCUUUUCGAUUAUCUUGUUAAAAAAGGACGGCUAACACCAAAAGAGGCGCGGAAGUUCUUCAGGCAAAUCAUAUCCGCACUUGACUUUUGCCAUUCACAUUCAAUAUGCCAUCGCGAUUUAAAGCCCGAAAAUUUGCUGCUGGAUGAGAAAAACAAUAUUAAGAUAGCGGAUUUUGGUAUGGCCUCUCUACAACCAGCUGGGAGCAUGUUGGAAACCUCAUGUGGAUCUCCACAUUAUGCAUGCCCAGAAGUAAUACGGGGUGAGAAAUAUGAUGGACGUAAGGCGGAUGUUUGGUCAUGUGGUGUCAUUCUCUAUGCUCUACUUGUGGGUGCGUUACCUUUCGACGAUGACAACUUGCGUCAGUUGCUCGAGAAAGUUAAACGGGGCGUAUUUCAUAUUCCGCACUUUGUUCCACCCGAUUGCCAGAGUUUGCUUCGUGGCAUGAUUGAGGUUAAUCCAGAUAGACGUCUAACGUUGGCCGAAAUAAAUCGACAUGCCUGGGUCACGGCUGGUGGAAAAGGUGAGUUGGAGCUGGAACUGCCCAUGAUGGAGGUGGUGCAAACACAUGUUAUCCCCACAGCUACCGCUGUAGAUCCUGACGUUUUAAACGCUAUAUGCUCGCUGGGUUGCUUUAAGGAAAAGGAAAAACUCUUACAAGAGCUGUUAAGCGCUAGCCAUAAUACAGAAAAGGUUAUUUAUUUCCUGCUCCUGGAACGAAAGCGCAGGCGCCCUGCUCUCGAAGAUGAUGAUGAAAUUGCACAAAAAUCACGCAAUGAACUUGAUACUGUGGAUCCACCACGUAAAAGGCUGGAUAAAUGUCGAAUCAACGGCACCAACGCGCCGAGCUACGGACAGAUUUCUGAGGGCUCACCACUUACACCUCGACGACAGGCCUUUAACUUUAGAUCAUACAGCAGCACACGUAACCAUCAACGACGCUCACCUACGACGGUCUCAACGUCAGUACGCAGCUCCUCAUAUCACAGCCCAACACGUUGUAACUCGCCAAUAAGCUUAGCGCAACAGCAGGUUAAUGCUAUAUCGCGGCCUACCUCACCUGCCACAGCUUCACGUCAUUCAACUUAUGGUGAUAGAGACCGUUCCGGAGCGGUACAUCAUUCAACGGUCAGUCGAACCCCGUCUCAUAAUUCACAGAAAAGCAUUGAGGGAGAUGUAAUAGUCGUUAGGGAGCCGCGCCUGGAGCGCCGUGAUUCAGCACGCCAGACUCAGGAACGCAGUGGCAGUGGUUCUCCUCGCGACCGUGGCGAAUGCGCGCUGUUGUCUAGCAGUCCAGGCGGCGAUUCGUGUGGGAAUUCCGCUACAGCAUUACCAACGGUGCAUCAUCGGGCUAAUUCUGGUCCGACAAUAGCCAUUGUUGUGAAUCCAAAUGUUUCGCCGUUGCUCAAUAAUAGUAAUCCUGGCAUCUCUGGCUCACCCUGCAAUACGCCUGGGGGUCAACUUUGGAAAACGCGACUGACCAAUAUCAAAAACAGUUUUCUUGGCAGUCCGCGUUUUCAUCGAAGGAAAAUGCAGGUCUCCGCUGAUGAGGUGCAUUUAACGCCGGAAUCAUCACCAGAGCUUACUAAACGGUCUUGGUUUGGAAACUUAAUAACUACAGAGAAGGAUGAGACAUUUACCAUAUUGGUAAAAGGCAAACCUAUUGCCACAGUCAAGGCACAUUUGAUACAUGCAUUUUUAUCCAUGGCAGAGCUAUCACAUAGUGUAGUAUCACCCACAUCGUUCCGCGUAGAGUACAAACGCAACGGUAAUGGCUCUGUAAUGUUUCAACGCCAUGUAAAGUUUCAGGUUGACAUCAGUCCUAUAUGCAAGCAAGGCGAUAUAGCGGAUAUGCUAUUCGCUUUAACAUUUACACUCUUAUCAGGUAACAUCCGGCGUUUUCGACGUAUUUGUGAGCACAUUCAAUCUCAGGUUUGUUCAAAACGUUUCCCGGGCCCAAGCAGUCCUCCAACAGUAGCUUCAGUCACUCAAGCGGUGUCAGAAAGCUCCUCAUGUGGAUCAGUGUCGAGCGAACGGUUAUCCUAUAAGCGACAGGUGAUUGAAAAUGAUUUGGAAAGUGAUUCCAUAUUUUCAUACAAAUCUGGAAGUGGUCGCCGCGCUUCGACGACGAAUAACAACAAUCCGAAUCCAGUGGAUAUAACCGGCAGUCCCAUUGCAGUCCGAUCAAAUUCUGAAACAGCUGAGCAUGAUCGCAACCGACAGGCGACAACGAUGUCCGGAAGUUCAAUUGCAUGAGAAUUAUUUCUCUGAUUUAGUUGCGUUUUUCCAAUGAUAUUUAUUUUCAUUUAUCUUUUACAUAAUGAACUACACUCUAUAAGUAAGCUAUUAAUUCGAACAACUGAAUAUGCAUUACAUUGAAACAUAGCUUGUGGAAAAACCGAAAUGGAGGAAUAAUUUGAUAAUUAAAAAAACGUGCAUACGCCUCCUCAAGCGAAAAAAUGGGUUUCUUUGCUGUUAAUCG